AUGUCGGCUGCCGAGAACUCGCAACCUGUACAGGCCGUGAAGCUCUCGCUGCCUCUGGUUUAUCAACAGAAGCUCUUUGAGGAGCUCCGAAAGGAGGAUGAACUCGUCGUUCUGGCUCGGGGCCUAGGCCUCAUCCGCCUCAUCACCAACCUCCUCCACUCGUACGAUGCCGCCGGGAACAACCUGAUCGUGAUUGUAGCAGCCGACGACAGGGAAAACGCCUGGAUUGGCGAGGCCCUUGCUGAGCAUGCCGCUAUCAGCAUGUCGCCCCGUGCCCGGGGUUUGACGGUGGUAAACACCGACUUCACCAGCGUAGCAGUCCGCGAGAAGAUGUACGCGGCUGGGGGCAUCUUCAGUAUCACCUCUCGCAUCCUGGUCGUCGAUAUGCUCACUGGCCUUCUGAACCCUGAGACUAUUACGGGCAUGGUCGUUCUCCAUGCCGACCGGGUUACCGCCACGUCCUUGGAGGCCUUCAUUCUCAGGAUAUACCGCCAAAAGAACAAGGUCGGUUUUCUCAAAGCUUUCUCGGACAACCCGGAUCCCUUCACCACGGGCUUCUCACCGCUGGCUACUAUGAUGAGAAAUAUGUUCCUUCGAAAAGCUUCGCUGUGGCCGCGCUUUCACGUACACGUAGCCGAGGCCCUUGAGGGGAAGAAGAAGGCAGAAGUGAUCGAGCUGGAGGUCCCCAUGACAGAUGCUAUGCGUGAUAUCCAAAAUGCCAUCAUGGAAUGCGUCGAAGUCUGCAUCCAGGAGCUCAAAAAGGGCAACACCGGGCUAGAGAUGGACGAUUGGAAUCUCGACAGCGCCCUGCUAAAGAAUUUCGACGUCAUUGUCCGCCGCCAGCUGGAUCCUAACUGGCAUCGCGUCAGCUGGAAGACGAAACAGAUCGUGGGCGACCUGACCGUUCUUAGGAAUAUGCUCCACUCAAUCCUAGCACUUGAUGCGGUUUCCUUUCUCCAGCAACUCGACACCAUUCACGCCGCCAAUUCGCCGGCCCCCGGGACGACGAGGCAAACGCAGUCCCCGUGGCUGUUCCUAGACGCUGCUCAAACCAUCUUUGAAACCGCAAAGAGGCGGGUCUACUCUAGCAGCCAGAGGCCGGGUCCAAACAUCAAUAACAUUGAUUCACUGCGCCCUGUCUUGGAAGAACUGCCAAAGUGGGCCGUCCUAGCCGACGUGUUGGAAGAGAUCGACCGGGACCUUUACUUUGAGCCUGCUGCUCGCGAUGAUUCCAAUGGCACCAUCUUGAUCAUGUGCUCUGAUACCGACACAUGUCGCCAGCUCCGCGACUACCUCCAGACCAUGCACGUCAAGCCAAGGACGGAGAAAAAGAUCGAGGAAUUCCACGACCCGGAGGAGGAUAAGCCGUCGGCUGCUUUCAUGAUGAGGAGAAGGCUGCGUAACUACCUCAAGUGGAAGCGAGAAUUCGCCCAGGUCAACGCCAAUUUGUUCUCGGAGAAUCAGAAGGCCCUCAGCGGCGCGGUCGAUCCACGCCUAGGUCAGUCAAAAAACAGGGCUUCCGCAAACAAGAGACGCCGCAUCCGUGGUGGCGGAGUGGCAGGCGCUGCGCCUGGCCGCCUUGAAAAUGGGAGCGUCGCGCAGUAUUUUGAAAAGCCAGGCGAGGUGGCCGAGUUGAUGGCCGAGGUCCAAAUCACCGAAGAAGAAACGACACAAAAAGAAGACAUCGUCGCGGACCCCCUAGAGGACAUGGACGACUACUAUCAAUUGUACGAAAUGCAAGACUUAGUCGUCAUCCACGCGUACGACGGAGAUCUAGACGAACAUAUUUUAGAGGAGAUCAAGCCGAAAUACAUUGUCAUGUACGAGCCCGACGCCGCCUUCAUUCGGCGGGUCGAAGUCUACCGCUCGUCCCACAACGACCGGAACGUCAGGGUCUACUUCCUUUACUACGGCGGGUCCGUCGAGGAACAGCGCUACCUCUCUAGCGUCCGCCGUGAGAAGGACGCCUUCACCAAGCUCAUCAAAGAGCGCGCCGGCAUGUCGCUUGUCAUGACAGUCGACGCACACGGCGCCGAAGACCCGCAGGAAGCCUUCCUCCGCACCAUCAACACGCGCAUCGCGGGCGGCGGCAAACUCGCCGCGACCGCCCAGCCGCCGCGGGUCGUGGUCGACGUGCGCGAGUUCCGCUCCUCCCUCCCGUCCCUCCUGCACGGCCGCUCCAUGGUCAUCGUACCCUGCAUGCUGACGGUCGGCGACUACAUCCUCAGCCCCGCCGUGUGCGUGGAGCGCAAGAGCAUCAGCGACCUGAUCAGCUCCUUCAAGGACGGCCGGCUGUUCGCGCAGUGCGAGGCCAUGUUCCAGCACUACCGCAGCCCCAUGCUGCUGAUCGAGUUCGACCAGAACAAGAGCUUCACGCUCGAGCCCUUCGCCGACCUGUCCGGCAGCCUGGCCAGCGUGAGCGCCGCCAGCGCGGGCGCCCACGACCUGCAGAGCAAGAUCGUCCUGCUGACCCUCGCCUUCCCCCGGCUGCGCGUCAUCUGGUCGUCGUCGCCGUACGAGACGGCCGAGAUCUUUGAGCGGCUCAAGGCGCAGGAGGCCGAGCCGGACCCGAUUGCGGCGGUUCGGGCGGGGUUGGACGGCGACGGCGACGCGCAGGCUGAGGGGCAGGUGUUCAACGCCGUGCCGCAGGAGAUGCUGGGGGCGGUGCCCGGGGUGACGCAGAAGAAUAUCAUGAACUUGGUGCUGCAUACGGAGAACAUCAGGGAGGUGGCUAAUAUGACAGCGGAGGAGCUGAACCCGCUGGUUGGGAAGGAAGCCGCGGGGAAGAUUUGUGGUUUCUUCGCGAAGGAUUUGUUGGAUGGGUGA